UUUCGGACGCCCAAUACGGUUUCCGUAAAGGGCGUUCAACCGUUGAUGCCAUCACUCGGGUGAUGAACAACGGGAAAGUCGCUCUAGACAAGAAGCGAAAGGGAGAUCGUCUCUGUGCGGUGGUAACGGUGGACGUCCGGAAUGCCUUUAACUCGGCAAACUGGACAGCGAUCGGCCAAGCUCUGCAGCGUAAAAACACUCCGCCUUAUUUGCAGGCGUUGCUGCGGAACUAUUUCAUUGGCCGAACGCUCCACUAUGAUACGGAUGAAGGAGUAGUGUCGAGGACUGUAUCUGCUGGCGCUCCCCAGGGUUCGGUUCUAGGACCAACUUCAUGUACGACGACCUACUCCGCUUGCCGCUCGAAGGACUACGAGCGGACAUCAUCGGGUUUGCUGACGACGUGGCCUUCACAUUUUUGGGAAGGACCACGGAACAGGUCAGCGCAUUAGCAACGGCUAACCUGGAGAGGAUCGAGCGGUGGCUGCAAGGAGUCGGUUUGGAACUUGCCCACCAAAAGACCGGGUUCAUGAUCUUUUGUACCCAUCAUGUCCCGCAGCUCGCAGAGCUUCAAGCGGGCGGUCACUCGAUCCAAUCCACGGAAACGCUGAAGUACCUGGAAGUGGACCUCUGCCGCAAACAGCACCACAGCCGGCAUCUGGAGAGGGUGGUCAAUACCCUACAAUCAACGAGCGGGAUAUUUUAUCAUGGUGUGUGUAAAAACCUAGAGUUAAGCGGAGAAUCGGUGUGAAAUACACGGAGGCGAGAGCGCGUUUUGGUUUCGACACAGUUUUGGCACUAACACAAUUACACAUGUGGAAAUGUGUGCGUUCAUUUUCGGCCAGCUCGCUCAGUUUGAUCUGCUCGCAGCGGUAUGCUGAUGUCGGUGUCUCGCUUGCACUGCUGCACCGAAAGUGCCUUUGUGUGCUCUCAUUCUUGCUACAACACGAAAUCGUCAGUACAGCUCAAGGAUCGGCAGCGAGCGGCCGUACGUGCGUCAGCUUAAGUCCUGGACGAUUGGUGUUAUGAUUUUGUAAAGUGUUCAAGUAUUCAAGUGUUGUGCGAAUUGAAAUGAAGCUGCGCGAAUGAUUCG